UUUUGAGGUUAAUUUUAGUGCAGUGCAACUAACAAAAUUAGUGUGUCACGGUCUCAUUUCAUAAUGAUAUUAUAAUUAUUCAAAGAUUUUAAUACAGAGCAUGACUCACAUUUCUAAAGAGCUUGAAAGUGCGGUAGGUUAAGUUUUAUUAUCCUGUAAGAUGCAUUAUGCAAUCUUACAAUAGCUUGUGAUGCAAUGAUGAGAAGGUAACAUUAUUAUUUAAUUGUCAAUUCAGUUAGCAGUCCUUGGUAUCUCAUAUCAAAAUAGAAAACAUUAUUUUAAAAUUUACAAUGUCAAUUGUUUGUGAGUAUAUCCAGCACAGUCUGUGCUUGAGCUUCAAGUGUAGCAGUAAUUCUGCUCUGAACGAAUUAUUUCUGCUCAACAAUUUCUCAUGUCUAGUUACAAGUUGACUGCCAUCUACAAACAAAAAAUUAGAUGCCGAAUACGGAAUAACAAUUGCCCUAGUUUUUGUUUAUGUCAGUAUUGUUGGGUGUUACAUAAACCUGAAAAGUUUGUAAGUUUGAAAAUGAGAAACGCACCGAAGCCUCCGCCUCCACCACUGCCAAAUCUGAAUAAAUCAUUCAACAUCGCAAGACCAUUGACUGUCAGCUAUGAAGUAGUGGAUAGAAACAGUAACGAUAUUUUGAAAAACGUUGACGAAAUCAAGCGGUUAUGGUCUAAUAGAGUUGGGGUUUCAGAUGAAAGCAAUACAUCAGAUAUGCCAUCCGAUUUUGUGUUCGUCCAUCUAGAUCCCAUUCUACAAAUAGGACCAAAUUGUGGCCUGGUAGCUCUAGCUAUGGCGACUACUGCCACCCCCACCCCUGUUUCCACCAUCGAGCUGUUUCGCCGAGCCAAGGAGCGAGGCUUCACCUACCAGGGCGAGAUGUUCUCGGCCGAAAACAUGGCAACACUGGCUGACACUGUUCUGCGACCUUGGUUCAAUGUGGAGCUGGUCUCCCAAGGAUUGGACGGUGGUCAUGUGAUGAACUGCAUGCGUAAAGGGGCCUUACUGCUUGUGCCUUACGACGCAUCAGGCAACUACUGGCCGUGCCUGAAACGCGGCCACAAAUCGCACUGGGCGGUGGUGUGCGGCGCGGCUCAGUCGCAGUCGGAUGCGACAGUGCAGGUGUUUGUGCGACAGGGCAAGAGUCGGCGAUUGCUGUUGUGGCCGCUUACCGAACUGCGAGCCAGCAAUGACCAGCUUGUCGAGUUUUGCCCGAGGCGAGGCGAGGAUGGCUCGCCGUACAUGUUGCCCGAGGGCGGAGUCGAGGCUGGUCUCAGGUCAAAGGUUGUCGUACUGCGUAUGACGCAUCGAACGCCGGAUCUCACUGCUUUUCCCCUUCCCUAGUAGGCCUAUAGUGAGGUCCACGUUAUAAUGGCAGUGGAGAAAGAUGACAGAACAACGUUGCCAAACCUCUGUCUUGUCAAUGCCUUCUAUAGAUGGUAUCUGAUACAGGAUUAUUGAUAAUAACUGUUAAGUCUCGUUUAAAAUAAUCAAUUAUAUAUUUUAUUAAGCAAGAAAUUAUAUUUUCAAAUAAUUUCAUAAUGAAUUCAAGUUAUAAUAGUAGUGGAGAAAGAUGACAGAACAACGUUGCCAAACCUCUGUCUUGUCAAUGCCUUCUAUAGAUGGUAUCUGAUGCAGGAUUAUUGAUAAUAACUGUUAAUUCUUGUUGAAAAUAAUCAAUUAUAUAUUUUAUUAAGCAAGAAAUUAUAUUUUUCAAUGACUUCUUCAUGAAUUUUUAUGAAUAUUUUGUUAAUUAAUUAAUAAUUCUACAUUGUUAAAAGGCGAUCUGGCAACAGAGCAAAGCGAGAAAGAGAUAGCGUUCGCUUUGUUGAAUGAUAGA